AUGAAGGCUGCAACCUUUGAGAACGCUAAACGUCACUUCAUGAAGAAGGACAAACCAGUGAAGGAGGCGUCAUUGGGGCCCUACGCCUGGCAAAGAAUUCCAAGAGAACCAGUUGAAGCCAGGAUCCAUCAAACCAUUCGACAUGUCGAUUCCAUUGGCGGUCAAAACUUGGAUUUGAAACAAAGAAGCCGUAGUCCACCCCAAUCACGUGGUACUUCCUUGGAUGCUAAGUUUCGACAUUUCCUGGAUGAACACCUUUUGAGCUUGAGUCGAACAGCUGAUGUUUUUCAACGAAUUGGUGAAGAGAAACAUAUGGUGUGCAAACUUCCAAAACCUGGCGUGAAGGGGUGCAAGAACUACUUGCCUGGUGGGGAUAGCAGUGACUAUGGAGGCAGACCUUUGGCAUUGCAUCCAUUUGGGAAUAGGUGCAGGGAGGCUGUUCGACAGUUGAACGCUGCUUUGAGCUUCCUUUACAAUGCUCCACUUUUUCUGGAGUAUACCGAGUGUAAGUACGUGGUGGAUCGAGGCCAUUGGAAACGUGAGUGCCCAUUUGGUUCUGUGGCAACCGCCAAUACUUCCAGCAAGAAGCCAGAGAAUGAGAACUUCACAGGCCUGAUGAUCGAUGACUACGAGAUCUACACGGAGAAUGUCUACUCUGCAGCAACUGGAAGUGAUCUGGUGAUGGAGCUUCCCCCGGGAGCGCAGAUUCUGGAGGUCGGUGAGGAAAACGGAGUUUGGGAGGGUCAUGAUUGUGGUGAGUUCGAACAUGCAAACAUGGGUGAUUGUGGUUUUGUUGGUCCUAGGAAUUUCACACUCAAUGAACUGGCCACCAAUCUCGAACACCGACUUGUUGCCUGCUGUAGGAAUAUUAGCCACGAUGACAUCAAGUCCGCUCUGCCGACUGCCAACUGCGAGCCAGCAUGCGAUGGAUCCACUUUUCUGCCAGAUCACAGUGAUCUCAAGGCAGGUGGAGCCUGCAUUUUUAAUGUAGAGGAAGCUGAUGAUGAGGCCAUCAUAGAUACUGGGGCCAGCAAAGCAGUUAUUGGGAAAGAUCGUUUAUCUAGGCUAUUGAAAAGCUUGCCAAAGGGAAUCAGGGCAAUGUCGUCGCAGGAGCACUACCUGAAACAGGCACUGACUGCGCCAGUGGAUGCCAGCCUCCAGAGCCAGCAACAGCAUCACGAGAUGCCUGCAGUGCUGACUCGACCACCCGGGGUGGCCACCUUGGAGGAAUGGGGCAGAACACGUGUGCCCUCCGGGAAACAUCCCGGCAAGACGUUUGCAGAGAUCUACGAGACCGACAGGGCCUACAUGCGACAGAUGUGGAAUCGCAAAGCGGUGUCGUCAUGGACACGCAGUUUCCAGCUGUACUGUCGUCAUCGCAGGGACAAGAGCAUCGAGAAUCAGGAGCGAGAGACCAGAGAGCAGAGCUUGCAAAUGCCAAUCUCUCCACACAUGACUCCGGAGGUGCAGGAGCUGAUCGCAGCGGGGGGAGCUCCAUGGUUCACACCCCGCACCAAUGCCCAGCACAUUGCCGCCAAGGCGAAGUCCAAGAGCACGAUGGUGCCACCGAAGUCCAGUCCGGAGUUUGUGGAAGAAACUGGAUGGGAAAAGAUCAACAUGGAGGAAAAGAACAACAAACGGGGAUAUCCGCAGUCAAGCAUGCCGACGAUGGAGAUUCAGCCCAACGAGGAUCGUGUGAGGGAGCUGAACACCCAGAUUGCAGUGCUGCAACGAGAGCUGCAACUGGAAAUUCAGGGCAGACCCAGCACAGGGGAAGGUCGGGCAAUUGCAACUGCCGAAGACCACCGAGUUCUUACAGAAGAGGUUAUCCUAAAUAGUUCUGGGGAACAACCUUUGUUGGUAGAAGAGAUGGUUCUUGGUUUGGAACACGAUAGACCAGAACUGGCACAUGAAUCCUUGCAGUUGCAGAAGCGGCGUCGUGUCGAGCUGAAACAGCCCGAAUCCUCACUGUAUGGAAAGGCACCAUCUUGGAAAGAUGUUUUCCGACAGGCUGGGUAUGAGACACCACGUGUUGGGGGUCAUCGUUUUGAAGAGGGAACUGUUUUGGUGAAACUGAUGCAACAGCUGGUGCCUGAGUUUGCAGUGAAAUUAGUCAUCGCGUGUCGUGGCACUGAAAGACAUCGAACUGAUGGUGUGGAUCAACAUGGGGAUAAAUAUCCAUGGCGGAAAACUGUUUUGGUUCAUCGUGAAACUGGUGAUGUUGUGGAAACUGGACCAGCCGAACAGUGGCUCCGAUUGACUCGUGCCCGACAAAUCAGGCUCCAAGUUCUUCCUCCACUUGAUGGCAGUUCCGCCGCUGAGAAUGAGGAUCAGCUCAUGCCACCAGCUGAGCAUGAUGUUCCAUCGGGGGUUAAGGUUGAGAGUCAGAUUCAAGUGUAUCAAGAGGCAUGGGUCCAUUGGGCAGGCCCGAGCCGUGUUCUGUAUUUGGACCCUGCUGGUGAAUAUGUCAGAAAGAUCGAGCUCGAAAAAGGAGACUGGGUCCUCUACUGGCGAAAGAGCCAGGGAAAUAGCCGAAUCUGUCGGGGGCGUUGGUAUGGACCAGCUCAAGUCAUUGCCAUUGAGCACAAACGGGUUGUUUGGUUGAGCCAUUUGGGCAGAUUGGUUCGUGCCAGCCCUGAACAGAUAAGACCAGCAUCUCUGAGGGAAUAUUCCAAUCUUCCUCGAAACUCCGAAGGUGAUGAAAGUGGUCUUUUUGGUGAUGAUGUUUUGGUUGACAGUGAUUUGUCCAAUGGCCUGGAGUUCGAAGAGGAUUCCUCGUGUGGUGACAUCCACAUUGAGUGCAGAGGCCAUUUCUUUAAGCUCGGCCUUAGACCGUUUGGGAUACAUCCGUGUCUGUUGGGAAUGGUUGAAAAAUCCUGCGGUUGA